UCCACUUUAUUUAAAUUGUAAUUUCUCUAUGAAAGUGGUAUCGGAAUAAUAUUCAUCUUUAGUUCUAAGCGUUAUUUUACUAUAUAAGAGGAGAAAAUAUAAGAAAUUUGUGACCCACUUGUUAAGGAACCAUGGAAUCGAGUGCGGUAGAUUUCGUGGCACAAUCCUGCAUGGAUUUAUCAGAAGUACUGAACACCGCAGGAUCUGAAGCAGACAGGGAUAAUUUGAUUGUUAAUCAUAUAAAAAAAGUUUCGUCUGUAGUUACUGCUGUUGAGGAUUUCAAAAAAGAUUUAGAAUGGGUUAAUGUAUCGGAGCCUAUUUCUUUAUCACAGCACUGUAGUGACAAAAUAGUUGUACUGGACUUUUGGACAUAUUGCUGCAUUAAUUGUUACCAUGUUCUGCCUGAUUUGGCGCAUUUGGAAAAGCUGUAUAGUGUUGAAAAUGGACUUGUUGUGAUUGGAGUCCAUUGUGCUAAGUUUAACAAUGAAAAGGAUUCAUCAAAUAUUCUUGCGGCUGUUAGGAGGUAUAAUAUUCACCACCCUGUUGUCAAUGAUGCAGAUAGUUCAUAUUGGGAAGCUCUCGGAAUACAUUGUUGGCCUACAUUACUCAUAUUAGGUCCAGGGAAUAAACCAUUAUUUGUGCUAACUGGUGAAGGACAUAGAGAAGAGCUUGUAUCUUUUGUUGGUGUAGCUAUCCGACAUUUUGGUCUCCGUAUCUCCACAGCUGAAAUACCUAUGUCACCAUCUAAUUAUAUUAAACCCAAGGAUUGUGAUGUUUUACAAUUUCCUAGUAAGGUGGCAUUAAAUCCAUUCUAUCGUGGUAGAGGCGAGGAGCCGUUUCUAGCGAUUUCUGACACAGGCAACCAUCGUGUAAUUUUGACGGAUUGCUCUGGUAUAAUUUUGCGCAUUAUUGGCGGACCCGAACCUGGAUUUAAGGAUGGCAAGCUGAGCGAGGCGCGGCUGAACUCGCCUCAGGGCGUGUGCUGGUUGUCGGGCAGCGUGCUGGCCGUGUGCGACACCAACAACCACGCCGUGCGCGCCGUGCACCUCGACGACGGCACUGUCGAGGUCCUCGUCGGCACGGGGGAACAGUCGCACACCGGGGAUUUAGGAGGCAAGUGUCUCGGCAUGCAGGCGCUGUCGUCCCCGUGGGAUGUGGUGUUGUACACGACACCAGAUAUGGACAUGUCCAUCCGUCCGCAGCUGCCCCCGCCCCCGCCCGCCUCGCCCUCAGCCCCGCCCACAGCCCCGCCCUCAGCCCCGCCCUCAGCCCCGCCCCGACACACAGACAACCAGACUAACAACGACGACGAAAAAGAGAAAGACAAAAAAGAUGAGAAGCGUCGCGUGUUGCUGAUAGCGUGCGCUGGCUCGCAUCAGAUCUGGGCUCUCUUCCUCGACAACACCAUCUGGUGGAAAUAUAAAAGUUAUGCCGAAGGUACUUGUGUAUGUAUCGCGGGGUCUGGUGUGGAGGCUGCGCGGAACAGCGCAUACCCCAACACUGCCUGCUUCGCUCAGCCCUCCGGACUCACAUUGAGGACUGGUACGAGCCCGGAGAUGUUUAUCGCGGACUCGGAAAGUUCCUCCAUCAGAAGACUGACGUUGUCCACUGGACAAGUAUCUACGUUGUGCGGCGGCGACCGGAACCCUUUGAAUCUCUUCGCUUUCGGAGACGUCGACGAUAUCGGUGUGGAAGCCAAACUUCAACAUCCGCUGGGCGUCGCCUACUGCGAGGCUAACAAGACUCUGUACGUAGCGGACACUUACAAUCACAAGAUAAAGAAAGUUGACAUCGGACCUCAGAAAGUUACAACAUUGAAUCCGACUAUGAUCGAAACAUCGGACCCCGCCAUAUUCAACGAGCCGUCCGGCCUCUCCGCCAGCGCUGACGGAAAAUAUUUAUACAUCGCCGACACCAACAACCACAGUAUUAAAAUUUUAAAUCUGGCCAAGAACGUGUGCCAAGAGUUCAAAGUGCGCGUCCCUGAUCCCAAAUUCGCGGAGCCGGAGAAUCUUAUUUUGUACAAGAACGAUUUGUUCAUCCACAAGAAGUGCGGCAAUCUUAUCAUUCACUUCAACAUGAAUUUGGAAGCGGACCAGAGCAAGGACGGGAAGACGAGCGGUCGCGCGCCGCAGUUCACGCCGGGAGCCCCACAGAACUGGCACGUCUGGAUCAAAGACGACAAUAAUAGAGAUGUCACCCUAGAUGAAUUCGAGUUCGUGUCCGGCUCCCGGAAAGGCACAAAACUGCCCGGACGAGUCGAAAUGAAACUUAAACAUCAGACGGAUAAGACUCAUUAUCUCUUGUACCUCAGUUUCCAAACGUCUCUGUGCGAUGCUUCGGUUUGCUACUCCCACUUCUUUACAGUCAGGUCGACGAUCCUCGUCCGCGACUCUGUGAAGCCCGUGGAGUCGUACAGGAUCACCUGCAAAGUGAAUCCUGCAAUGACUCGCGCCAGCAAAGCCGAACAGACCAAGAGAUAAUUCUGCACUUGCAAUCGUCCGCUACUUCCAUUGAUUACCUUCAAAUGUAGUGUUAAGAAAAUACUGUUGACAUUAAUUCUUAUAUUUAAGAUGUAAAAUGCUUUAUUUUUUGUUUGUUUUUAUAUCAUUGUUAUAAAAAUGCGUUAAUAAACUUUGU